GCUUGUCAGACUGUUAAACUGUCUCCUUCUUUUGCAAAAGAAUAAAGAAAAUAACUUAGAGAACUCCAGCGUGUCAGACAAACUUAUUUUCCAGCUUCAUCACCGAACACCAGAGAGAUUUUCCACAACAAUUUUUGGCGACGAGGAUGGGAUCGGGUGCGAGUCCGUCGGAGAUACGGAGGGUUGUCAGAGGCUGAUCACCGGAGUCAAGACUGACUCUUCCUCUACCUCGUCAAACAAGAUUCAGAGAAGAGAGGAUUGACGCCUGACGAUCACCGAUCGACUCCACACCGAUCCAGAUGAAUGGAAAUAAUCUCCUAAAUUUGACAAAAGGUAGUAGCUGCCCUGCCUCAGCCAGCCCAGAUACCUCUUCAUAAGAUCGAGCCAGGCGACUACGUGUUGGUAAAGAACUUCAAGAGGAAAAACUGGAGAUCCGAACGGUGGCAGGGGCCCUUACAGGUGCUUUUGACGACACACACGGCAGUGAAGGUUGGUGAAAGAGCUACAUGGAUACAUGCCAGCCACUGUAAGAAAGUGCCCGCACCUAAAGAAGCAAACAGCGGACAUCAGCAGCAGAGUGUACCAGAAGCCCAUCCUUGACUCUAUGAUGCCUAGAAAUAGACCCUGGCAUCCAUUUAGACAACCAGGCAUGUGUGGCCUACGUGGUACAACAUUGUUUCUAUUUACCCUCACGAUCAUCAUAGUAGUACCCAUACAGUGGUUUUUGGGUCACAGGCAAAUCCCAGAGGAAGCCGCGCACAACUCUACUACCAAUCCCACACCAGUAUUGGUAUAAACGGAAAGGCAGACUGACAGAAGUCUUACGUGAGUGUAUCAUAGUACAUUGCCAUCAUAGUUAUCCCUUUACCGAUUGUGAGCGCGGUAACUCUACACCCUUGUCCAUCCAUAUCCUCAAGACUAAAACCGAGCGAUUUGAGAUAUGCUUCUGUAACAAUGGUCGGGGACAGAAUAUGAGUAUGACAUUAUGUGAAAAGUAUUAUACUGAUCAUAUUUCUGUUCGUAUACCAGGUAUCGACCUUAUAGUCUCCGAUGAGUCCUUUGAAAUUUCUCAUCUCAUUUCAUCAUCCUUUAAACAACUGUGGCGUUGCGGCUCUAGUCUGUACAUGUUUUUGACACGGAGUUGGUGGGGAUGUUGUACUCUGUUGAACCAUUCUAUAGCUAAUGUUAAAGUACUAGCCACUAAACCAUCCCCUGACCACAAUCACCGUGUAAAGCGUGAAAUGGCACAGUUUCAUGACUUGGAGUCCUAUCACUGGCGUAUCUCUCUAGGGGAAAAAUGGGGCAUAGGGCUUUUACCAUGGUAUGGAGUGGCUUUUCUAGCAGAUCACAUAGAUAACAUUACCUAUUCCAUGUCCCAAUUCGCAAACGAGACGAUUAAGGGCUUUAAAUUAUUGUCUUCAACUCAGAAGUCUCAUCGCAUGACUCUCUUAAAGCAUGAGAUGGCACUCGACUAUCUGUUAGCAAGGACUGGAGGGUUGUGUGUUACUCUAAAUCUUACUGGGGAUGCUUGUGUCACUUUAAUCCCUGACAUUUCUGACAACAUUACUUCCGUCAUCCAUGCCCUCGAAACAAUACGUGAUGCAUUUGGCCCCUCAGAUUCAGCAGGUUUUUCAUUUAACAAAUGGCUGACAGACAAACUAGGCCCAUGGGGAGCAAUGCUGGUCCAAUUGUUGAUCCCAGUUUUGAUUACAUUUGGAAUUGUGUUGUGUUUUUGCACCUGCCUAACUUGCAUGAAGGAAUUGAUGUAUAGAUGGAUAGGAGACACAGUCUCUGGUCAAGUUGGACGAUACCUCCAUUUAGAACAUAAGCCCUUAUUGAAAAACACUCCUGACCUUUUCCCGAAAUCGGACUGGAUUCCUUCACCACCUUCUUCCACUAGCAGUGACUCCGAAGAAGACAAUGAUACUGGAGCAUAAGGACUGAAUCACUUUCCUCUUAGUCUACUCUACUCCUUAAGAUGUUUAUGUCCACACAGAAACAAACAGAAGUUGCCUUCACACACUCACAUUAAUGAUGACUAAAAUUGAAUCUUUGUGAAUUUUUUGGCUUGAUGUUUGCAAACUGUGAAGUGUUUUGUAAUGAUGAUUAAUGAAUAACCAAAAGGGGGGAAGUGUAGUGGAAAGUUUUUAUCUGUCAUACUGAUGUGUGAUAUUUCUUUCAUAUUUUAUCCAUUACUCCAUGUUUUUCUAUAUUCUCAUCAUUUUAUAUACAUUAACUUUAUACUAUACAAUAUUUACUCUGUUUUCUAUAUAAUAUCAUAUAUCAGUUAUAAGGAUUUAGUAUAGUACUCUAUUAUUCUAAAAAAAGUGAUCAUAGCUUCUCCUGUAUCUGUCAUGCAAGCCUAUGUAGCCCCCUCUGUCUCCCUCAUGCACACUCUACAUGAAGCAGAGGGCUGAGUAUGUUGCAACUCGAGGCCACAGAAGGGCUCAGGGCUCAGCUCUAUACGAGUAGGCUUUCCACAAACUCGAGUAAACCUUACUCCAAAAGCUCAAGACUCAGCAGUAAAAGAAGCAGUGUCAGCAGAAAAACAGUCCCUCCCAUCUCAUGCUCAGCUAUAAGAACCCUGAAGUUUCUUUGUUCACGGACACACUUUCUCAGAUUGCCUGUCGGUCUGUUAAACUGUUGUGGUGGAAGUUUUCCUUGAAGCAGCAGAGUUAGUGAUAUUCAUGAUAAAAUCAAAACGA